AGGUCUCGCUCCCCUUCCCCAUCCAAUCUUGCUCAGUUUCGUCGAAGGGAUCGCCGAAAGUGGUUUGACAUCUUUGAAGGUCGGUGGUGGUCGCCCAGGAAAUGUCAAGUGUUGUCCCAAGAUGGUUCCAACAUCAAGUUCAAGGGCUCGUCAUGGCCAGUGAUGCCCACCUUUAGGCUUGAUAAAAAAAAGGCAAAAGGCGACUUAUUACAACGGAAAUUCCUCUCCCAUCGAAGAGUGACAUGGCCAACAUGACAUCCGCUUUCCCGAUUCAUUCGCUCAACAUCACAUCUUACGCAUCUUUUAAUGGAUCUCAUUUAUAUCCAUUAGAAUUCCAGCACAGUUUUACCACUUUCACCACCUUUACCACGACUCCCGCAUCAGCUGACGAGGGAAUUCAGGGUCUCUCGUCAACGUCGACCUCUGACUCUCUACAAUGCCCUACUUUCACCAAGGAGGACUCCGAGUUCAAGGUGGCAUUCUCGUUUUGGGUGGAGGGCGUGAUUCAGGUCAUUCUGGCAGGUUUUGGCAUCCUGGGGAAUAUUCUAUCCUGUUUUGUACUAACCCGGAAGGAGAUGAGGAACUCGUUCAAUCUGUUAUUGGUCACACUGGCCACCUUUGACACGUGUUAUCUGAUUGGCGCCAUUCUUGAGAGUCUGCGGAAGAGCUUUCACUCGGCAUCUGAUGUGCACAUCUUGAUGUUUCCUUAUUUCCUGUACCCAUUGUAUCAGACCUCGAUGGCGGGCAGCAUCUUCAUGACGGUAGCGAUUGCGUUUGAGCGAUAUUCCGCCGUUCACCUGCCUGUCAACUACAGUCAGUCAUUAAAUGAUGCCCACGCAAUGAAACGGAGAUUGCUGAAGUACAUCAUCCCUGUGUGCAUUUUGUCAUUCCUGUUGAACGUUCCCAAGUUUCUGGAGGCGGAAAUUAAGUACCAAAAAGUGACAAUGGUCCCCACCACUCUCUCGGAAAAUGACCAGAGCGAGACGUUUUUUGAUGGAGUGGAGUCAACAUCAACCGACAUUUUGAAUAAUGGCUCAUCCACCGACACGACGGCCUUUUACAUGAAACCCGUCUUGAGCAUCACGCCCUUGAGGAUGCACCCAUUGUAUUCGAACUAUAAUAAUUGGAGUCGGUUGUUCGUCUUGGGCAUAAUUCCUUUCGCCCUCCUCGUCUUUUUCAACGUCAAGAUCUACAGCGCUAUCAAGGCAAGGAAAAAGCGAAAGCAGCAAAGAUUAGCGGCCUCAACAAUUGCUACUGCCCAUCCCGCCAUUCCGGCCAGUGUGUGUGGCUCAGCCCAGGCGAGAGAGUCCAGUUCGCCACCACGUGUUCAACAUUUGCACGUGGAAUCAGGAGAGAAAACAAAGGACCAUUUAAUGAUUGAAUGCACGCCAUUAGAGAUCGGGGCUGACAAUGCCAGCUCGUUGGAAAACGAAUCCCAGCUCUUGGGCGAGCGGUCAAGCCAAAAUGGGAAAUCCAAUGGAUUAAGUCGGGGUCUUCGGAAAUCCAAUUGUUCCCUCAGGAAGGCCAGAAUGGAGAGAAGGAAAUCGGAGGAUGAGAAAACCAGCCACAAGAUUCAUGUUUCACCCAGUCCCUCCCUUGUCCUACGCCCGUGUCAGGCGAGCAAUGAUAAACCGCCCCUCGCUGUGUCAGAGAACAUUCAAGAGCUCGAUUCUUUGGAAGAGACCCCCAUCAAGCGGGAGCUAAAGAUAGCGUCAGAUACGUCCAAUAGUGAUUUGGAGCCCAAAGUUAAGAACAAAGGCCUCUAUGCCCGCAUUCGGGCAUUGAACGCUUUCAUGCCCCAUCCCAAUCGGGCCACCUCUCAAAGGCGGAGUGAAGACAACUUGGCCGCCAUCUUCAUGGGGAUCAUUCUGAUCUUUUUGAUAUGCCAUUUCCCCCGUGUUAUGAUGAAUAUUCAUGAACUAGCUAUCAUCCAUCGAUCGGCCAGCUGCGCCGAGGCUGAUCGACCUCAAUUCUCGUUAUGGUCCCUGAUCAUGAUCUCCGUGAGCCACGUGUUCUUGGUUUUGAAUUCGGCCACGAAUAUGAUCGUGUAUUGUCUCCUCAGUCUCAAGUUCCGCAGUGAGUGUGUCAAGAUCCUCUCGUCCGUGUGGAUUCGGAAGUAAGGAAAGGCACGAAGUGUAUUAUUGCCAAUGAUUGUUAUUGGACAGCAUCUCUUUCCUCUGUCAUAAUACCAUCACUAUGAAUUCGUUUUCUAACUGUGGCUGUCAAAAAUAUAUGCUUGCACAAACAAAAAGAUAUCACAGCAAUUCAUUCUCAUAAAGCAUGGCGUGUCUGCCCUUGUCAUCUGCCAAGAGCGCAACCACCCUAACUUAUAACACGCAUCAAGCAAGUUGUCCCCAAAAA